UCCGCAGUUGCCCAAUUCGCCUUUUCGAGUUUUCACCUGGCCUACAAAAGGCAAGGCUGCGGACGUUUGUUUUUCUUAAUAUAUAUUUUUUUGUUUUCUUCCUAGUUUUUGAUUUCCACGCUUGUUUUUCUCCCGGAAUACUGUGUACUGCGCUUUUGGAAUGCGGGAGGUCUCUUGCUCCUGUCAUGCCUGGACGCAGCUCUAUGGUUCGUUGAAUGGUUGGGUUCCUGCUUGCGAGGCGUUUUUUAGUUGAAGCAAUUAGUUCCUGGUGCCGUAGAGAUUGGUGUUGUUUCCAGAGUUGUUGUGAAGCGAGUGGGGAGGCCAUUGUUGUUGCUGUUUAGUUGUUCGCCGAGGGGUUGCUGGUAGGUUUUGCCUCAGUGUUGCCGCAACCUGAAGGGGGGAGGCCAGAGCUGUGGUAUUGGAUCGGCGAAGCACUCAAGCGGAGGAACCGAGCGUCUUUGAUUAGUGGGUAAGGGUGGGGGAGGGGAGGGAGGUAUACAGGGCUGCAGAAUUGAAGGCUGAACGUGGGGGAAUAGGGGAGGGCAAGAAGUAGAAGUGGGUGGGAAAGGGGUUAAAGAAAUGUCUUGUUUGUGUGGCAGCGGAUUGUCUUUCAAUCCAUGUAAUGUACAGCCAUCGUCGCGGCCUGUAUCGCAGCCCGUUGUGACGGUAUCUAACUCUGCAUCGCAAUCGUAUGUGUUCUCUUCUAGGGGGAGAUCACCAUCUCUUCCCUCGCUUAAGUCAUCAUUUCUUCAUCCUAUGACUGCUAAUCGCUCCAAUCGAGCGAUCAGGAAAGGUGUCACUUCACCUAGGUUGCAUUGCACCACUUCCCAAGCCAGAGAUAUGGACGACUUGGUGGUAUGCUUUGGAGAGCUCCUGAUAGAUUUUGUGCCCACUGUGGGCGGUCUAUCGCUUGCUGAAGCUCCCGCAUUCAAGAAAGCGCCUGGAGGUGCACCUGCCAAUGUUGCUUGUGGGAUAGCUAAGCUUGGCGGAAACGCUGCUUUUGUCGGAAAAGUUGGCGACGAUGAGUUUGGGUACAUGCUUUGCGAAGUUCUCAAGGAUAACAAAGUGCAAACCAAGGGUGUCAGAUUCGAUGCUCAAGCAAGAACAGCCCUCGCUUUUGUUACAUUGCGCGACGACGGGGAGCGGGAAUUUAUGUUUUACCGCAAUCCUAGCGCCGACAUGCUCUUCCAGACAGAUGAGUUGGAUAUUGAGUUGUUGAACCAAGCUUCCAUCUUGCAUUAUGGCUCCAUCAGUUUGAUCACAGAGCCAUCUCGCUCGACCCACUUGGAGGCUAUGCGCAUUGCCAAAGAGGCAGGCGCACUCCUGUCCUACGAUCCAAACCUUCGGCUGCCCUUGUGGCCAUCUGCUGACGCCGCAAAAGAGGGGAUAAUGUCGAUUUGGGAUCAGGCUGAUAUCAUCAAGGUCAGCGACGAGGAGGUCAUCUUUCUAACUGGUGCAGAUCCCAAGGAUGAUGCCCUCAACCUAAAGAUGAUGCAUCCUGGCUGCAAGUUGAUGCUAGUGACUGAGGGUGGAGAGGGCUGUCGUUAUUACACCCCGAAAUUUCAUGGCCACGUGAGUGGUCUCAAGGUUCAACCAGUUGAUACCACUGGAGCCGGUGAUGCGUUUUGUGCUGGUCUUCUGAGCCAGAUUGCUAAGUCUCCAGCCCUCGUUGAGGAUGAGGCUAAGUUGCGUGAGGCUCUCUUAUUUGCAAACGCUUGUGGAGCUAUUACGACGACGGAAAGGGGAGCUAUUCCGUCCCUCCCUGACCAAAACACUAUAUCAAGGAUUUUAAGUAAAACUCAUAGGCUCCCUGUUUAAUCAGUUCUUCUCUGCUUCGUUAAUCUCUUAAAUGUUUUAAUUUAAGAGGAAUUAUUAUCACAUAUCGUCACUGUAGUAGUCAAUUAACUUUGAAGCAACGAGCUCAGUGUGAGGUUGUGAAUAUAGUUAUUUUGUUCAUUGCCUUGAGCUUGGAACUUUAUGGAUGUCUGCAAGUGGUAUUUGCUUGUAUCAUUCACAAAUUCAUUAGAAUAAAGAGUUCUAAGUGCACUUGGUUCAUUCGACUUUCUUGUUGGAGGUCAAUCUGGAAUCACAUGCACUCUGGAUUAUUUUGAGUA